UAGGGGCUCAGUUGCGCCCGUGUGCGAGAGACAGGCAGGAAAACGGGAAGGAAAGAAGACCAGAGGGCUGGGGUGGAAAGAGGCCGUGGCUGAGUGGGGAAACAAGGCUGGAUGUAGCGGUGCAAGAAGGAGAAGAGGGACUGCGUAGGAGGGCAAAACAAAACGGGACACGAAUGUGUAAUGGAGACGCAAGAAUCCGUCCCUGGUGCCGGGCCAUCCUGUGGGAAUGGGAGGAGCGGGCUCCCUUCGGAGGGGAUAAUAAACUCUGGAAUGAGGGUGUGGGCUGCUGCUCCUCGCUCCCCCCCUCAUUCCAGAUGCAUGAGGACACCACGUCCCACCAUCGCACUGGCUUCUCCUUUUUCUUUCUUUCUUUUUUUUUUUCUCCCCCCAAAAAAUCGUAUUUUGAAGACAACCAUAAGUAGAACGUGUUCUGGGUGUGGCUGCAUGUGAUUUACCCAAUAGCCAAAGUGGGGGGGACCGCUGAAGGGGAAAGACAGAGAGACUGCUGCUGAAGGGAGCCGAGACCAAGGGCUGCAGGAUGAAGACCUUUGGAACCUGUAUACUGUUGUGUCUCUUAGCACUCUCCUUGUCCCCAGCUGACUGGUUUCCAUGGGUGGUCAAUGGGCAAGAACUGGAAAGUGCAACUGGUGAACUUAGCACCGACUCUCUUGUCAGCACCUUGGCUGCAGCUGUGACACCACCUGUUCUUCUUAAUCCUGUUCAGUCUGACAGUGAAACUACGACGGCUGCAUCAGAUUGUCGUGAAGAAAAGUUCCCUUGCACACGCCUGUACUCUGUCCAUAAACCAGUAAAGCAGUGUAUCAGCUACCUCUGUGUUACAAGUGUGCGUCGCAUGUACAUAAUAAACAAGGAGGUGUGCUCUCGCAUUGUCUGCAAGGAGAAUGAGGUCAUGCAAGAUGAGAUCUGUCGCCAGCUGGCUGGCCUUCCUUCUCGACGUCUCCGCCGGUCUGGGCAACCCCUGCAUGUCCCUUGCAAACAACUUCUGGAGCAGCAGCGCAGAAGGCCUGAUGCUCUGUGAGCUGCCAACAGUAGGAGAGAAAAAGGAAGGGAGAGAAGAGAAAUCAUCAUCCACCAUCUACAACCCAAGACAAGUCCUCCUAGUUUGUGAUUUCCCCACCAUUUCCUUGCUUCUCUGCCUUCCCCCACAUCCUCUUCUUCAGGUGCUGCAGUACACAGGGUCUACUCUCUGCUAGUCUGUCAUGGUGGCUCUUGUCAUCUUCUAAAUCUAUUGCUAAGGAUGCAAAAUGCCUCCCCUCUUUUAUCUCAAACUCUGUUUGGCAGGCCAUGAACUGUUCGCUUCCCAGAGGUUCUUACAAAUGUGCUGUGUCUUCCCUUGCUUCACCCCUGCAGAGACACAUACAUGGGGACAGGAUGUAGUCCUCUCCAAUGGUACAGAUGCCCUAAGCUGCGUCUCAUGGGGAGGAGUGCAAAUCUUUAUGCCCUAGGACUCCUGGCCUAGGUUUCUUGCAUGGCAUCAGUAUGAGUUCAGAUAUGGUUAGCCUGAGCCUCUCCGGUCCUCCAGCUGUGUGAUAGCACAGCUUCCUCCUUUGUCUGCUGGCCUCAGAGAAGUGACAGAACUGGGAGAUGAGCUGUCCUCAACCCAAGGCAAACCUUAUUGUCCCUGUACGGGAGCAGAUCAUUUAUAACUACCUCUGGGAAGUUCUUUGUCUCAAGCUUACUGCCUCCCUCACACAGAACUGCUACCAAAAGGAAGAAUUCUGGAUUUAGUAUGGCAUUAUAUAUAUUUCUCAAAAAGACUAUGUUGGAACAGAAUGCUGCCUCUUUCUCUCCCUCCUCUCCUCUCCCUCCUCUGUUCUGUCCCUCCUUUCCCAUUGAAGAAAUCUCUUGAUGCCCAUUCCAGACAAGUUCCAGGGAGCAGUAAGUAUGGCUGCCUCCACUCGUAAGCCCAAGAGAGCCCAUGAAGAACCUGUGUGUCCUCACAGUACUGGGCACUUUCAGUGAAUUAGCUUGUCCCAGGGACUUGUCUUGGUCUGGCUACCUCCACACUCUCCAGAUGCUGAGCCUGCUUUCAAUAUCUCCACUUGAGUUCCUACCUCCUGACCGGGGAGCUCCUGCACAAAGCAGAAAAGUCACAAAUUGGAAUGGGUUGUGGGAGGAGAAUUGUCACCUGGGAUCCCUGGGUUUUUCCGCAGGUUCUCUGGCUGUGCUGACCUGCACAGAGCCAGGUGCUGGUGGGGAGCUAAAUGUGUCUGCACUUACAGAGGCAAGCCAACCUGGGGAAAAGAACUCACUCUGGCAGCACUGGAUGUCUAUGGUCUACUCAAGAACUUAGUUUUUCAGAUAUAUAUUGAGAAGAUUUCCAGGUAUAUAGGCAGUUUUUUCUAUGAGGCUGGGUAGGAUAAGUGGGUAAGAGCUGUCUGAAGUGUGUUAAUCACUCUAUGUGGCUCCUAGUGGCAUGAUUCUGUGGGGCACCGGAGCCGAGCAGCUUAGCUUACUGCAGCAGAAUAUUAGCAAGACCCUGUCUCCAGGAUCUUUAAGCAUUGUUCUCAACUAACAGAAAGCCGGUUUGCUAGAAUAGGCAUUCACCCCUGUCACAUAAUAUACUCUGCUGCUGAACUGAGUAGCAUUCAGUCUUGCAGGAUCACUGGUCUGCCACACAGAGCCAGGAUCACACAAUAUAGGGGACAGUUUGCUGCACAGAGGCAGGUGUCUCUGAAAAAAAUAAAGCCAAACAAUUAAGGCAAGAACCUCUCCCCAGGACUCAGGUUUCUGCUGUACGCAGCAAAAAGCUGAUUACAUCCUCUGUGUAGGGGAAGACACCCUGUGCAGACAUAGAUUUGUACCAUAUAAGGUCAAAAUUGGCCAUAGAUCGUCUAAAUCCCUCUGUAUUAAUGAAGUAUACAUGAGAAAGAAUUCCGUGUUUUGCAGUGACUGGAAUUUCAUCCUAUACAGAGGGGCAUUGCACACCUACACAGGGGAUGAUGCUCCUCUUGCAUACUUGAGACUAUGGAUGGAGUAAGAAUUUCUCUGUACUGAGAGUAUGCAUGUUUCUGUAGAGAGGAGGGCACUGAGAGCUUGAUCUCAAAGACAUUCAAGCCACUGGCAGCAACUGUAUUCUAUGCUGGGAUACCAGUGGAAUUUGCCUGUGUGGAGGAAGGUAGGAUGGAAAUGAGAUGUUAAAUUGGAAAUUGGACUAGGCCAAGUCUCCACUCUAUAUUUAGAGUUGAAUGUAAGCUGAUAUAGAUAUAUAACUGUAUAACAUAGCUACUGUACAGUAUAUAGAAAUUUAACAUUCAUACAGUUUGGGGAAUGGUUAGAAGCCUUUCUGUUGCUUGCUUUCAGCAGGGACAGGAAGAGGUGCUCCUUUCCAGGAGAACACUGUUUUAAUGCUAGAGUCCAUAUAAUGCACAGAAAUAUAUUAAAAGAAAAUCUAUUUCCUGUUGUUCUUGGCAACUCUCAUGUGCUUGCGUUUAUUUGUCUCUAGCUGUAUUUUCUCCAGGUUUGUGGGCAGACUUGACUCCAGCCCAAAUCUGUCAUUCAGACCUCAUUACUCCCUGUUAGCCCAGUCUUCUGCUGCCUCCCUCCCUUCACUUGUGAAUUACAGGUCUCCCUGGGAGGUCAUUAUUUUUUCUAGAGACGGAAAAUUAUCUUCAUAAUUUUUUUUCUAUGGAUAGCUGUGCUAGAUUUUCCUGACAGUUGAUAGCUGCUGAGCACAGGGAUAACUCCUCCCAGCCCAUGAGAUUUUCACUGCACAUGUGCCACCACUUGCUGGUGGAGAAUUACCAUCUCCAAGUAAAAUGAUAAGAUGGCUGAAAUAAGAAAAGAGCUGUGAUAAAUCAUCUCAUAAGCAAAGGAGAAUUUGUUCACUAGAGCCAUUUAACUCAGUAAUGGGAAUAACUGAAAGACUGCAUUAAAAAUUACACAUCUAGGUCAAAAGGAUUAGGAAACUUUCUCUUUCAUUGAAUUUCUGACUUUUGCCUAGAGUCAUCAGACACUGUACAUCAUAUUUUGUUCGAAAGGAUGGAACAUUCACAGCAUGGAGGACUCUAAGCAGUGUCUUCAUGUGCAAGCAGUCGAGUCUGCAUUUAGAUGGUAUUUCUAGAACAAAAGUGGUUGGCUCAAUUUACCCAUUAAACUGCCUCUGACAGUUUCCCAUAGUUCUUCAGGACUAAACCACACAAUGCAGGUUAUUGCACAGCACUAUCUCCUAGAACCAAUGCUCCUUCCUGGUUAACACUGAGGUGUCCCUGUUUUGGACUGUUAUAAUGAAAACAACCUCAGUCCGAGUGACUGUAGAUGCUUCUGCCAUCUACACAGGCCUGACCCUGCUUGACUCAUGAGCUCAUGGCCUUUGCAGUGUCCCUCUGUCAGCACAUUCCACCAUCUGUGUGAGCAGAGUACAACACAUGCCAUUGACUUUCUGUAAUUUAGUUUAUUCUUCCCUUUCCUUACAGUACUGGAGUCCACAGACAGGUUUCCCCAUCUUCAUCACUUAUCCCAUACACAGAUUUAUCUCCCCUGCCAUUCCAACCUGAAGUGUCGUGGUGCUAUGUUGCUGGUCUCUGGACAUUGCCUUCUCUUGUAAGCUGGGGAAAUGGUUUUAAAUCUAGCUCCAGCUAGGUCUGUUUCUCGUGAAGUUGGACUAGCCACAAAGAAAGCUGCUAGAAAGGUGCCCAUUUUAGAAGCAAGAUCUAGAAUUUGUGGCUGAUUUUCAUAAACCCUUCUGACCCAAAGCGGGAGUUAAAUGGCCUGCAGUCACUUCCCACACAAUGGUUGUUCUUGCUCAUUCUGCUGUCAGGGCUCCUGACAACCGACCAGUGUUGCCAGUUUGAAGGCUGCUGUUUCAAGGCCAGUGCUCUGACGCCUGGUCCCCAGUUUGAAGCAGCACCUCACUUUGCUGGGCAUAUGGAUCUGGAGGUCCCUGCAAGGGAAGCUGGCCACACCAAGGGCUUUCUGCUGCACCUGGAAAGGAAGGGUUGUUCCACCUUCCCAUCUCUCCUUCUCUUUAUUCUCUGCCUCUAUUUUUCUAAUCUCUUCUCUUUCUUCUCUGUGCACCUGUUCAUCUCAGAGCAAGAAAUAUGGUGAGGAGGACAGUGGGGCUGAAGUGGUGUGGCAGGAAGGGUGCUUGAUGAGGUGACACGCAGCAUUACCAAGUGGGGCUGGGGGCAGUGCUUGGCCCAUGCCAGCUGUCCUCUUCUCUUGCCCUCAGGUUCUCACGUGCUGUGGCUCCCUCAGCUGCCAAGCUUGGGAUUUUCUGAAGGGAAGGACAUGCCAGUCAGAACAGGGAAGGGGGAAUGUCACCUUAGGUCAACUUGUGCACUGUGGGAACAGAAAUUGCAUAUCUUGUGGUGGUGGCCUCUGGCUGCAGAAACAAGGCAAGGAGGAAGGGGACUGCUGUGGGAAAGUACAGGGAGGCAGUUGAAAGCAGCUGCCAUCUCACCUGGAAGCUCCGUGUUGCCUGGAUCUUGUCCACAAGAACCUGCAGCAUGAACAUAAUGUGUCAUCAGGCCUCUCAUCUUGAAGGGAUCCCUCAAGAGCAUACUGCUGGCUGGCAUGUGGGCUUGCCCUUCACAGAGGGAAGCAGUGCUUGCAACCCAUCCAAAAAGAGCACCUCUCUUACAUAAAUAGCUGGGUUGAAACCAAAAGGGCUUUUGUUUAAAAUAAUAAUUUAAAAAGUUUUGGUUUGGUUUUUUUAAAAAGAUAUUUUAAAGGUGCAUGAUCCCAUAACAUUCACUCCUGGAACCACAUGGUCUGACUUUGUUUGACAGUGUACAUUUAUCCAUUUGUGAACAGCACCUUGACUGGAGCACUGGAAACCUGAAUUCCAUUUCUGGACCUCCUCUUCACCUCCUGCUCUCAGAUCUUCAGCAUAUUGCUUUGUUUCUCUCUGUUCCCUGCCAUCCUUAACCCUUGUAAUGUAGCAAGCUGGAAUAAACUCCCACAAAACAGA